GUGGAGCAUGCUCAAUGGCGUAUACAUGAAGUGCGCAUAUCGGACGAUCAUUUAAUUCAGUAGAACGUCCCUGUGGACAAGCAGACUCCGUUUUAGUUGCGCUCAAGUUGGUAACGGUGAACUUUUCUUCCCGUGCGCUCGGAAGGCGUUCCAAAGGAAACAGCAGCAAAGCGACAACCGUCUGAAGGGUGUGGCGAACGAGGGCAUCGCCUCGCCGAAAAGUACCAGACAACCAUGGAUACGGGAGAUCUACCGAAACCAAUGGACGACACUGACGUGACCGAAGACGAUGCCGAGAUGGAAUGCGUUUCGGAAGAAGGAAUCGCUGAAGAAAGCCAACCCCUUCGUACAGCGUUACCUGCAGGCGCUUCGACCACUUUGGCCAGAGCCGCGACCGAGGCCGAGAUGGAAGAGUCCGCUGAGUCUUCCGAACUGGUGGCCAAGACUGAAGCUGAGAUGAAAGACUCCGCUGAAACUUCACAGCCGACGGCCGAGACCGAAGCCGAGAUGAAAGACUCCGCUGAAACUUCACAGCCGACGGCCGAGACCGAAGCCGAGAUGAAAGACUCCGCCGAAACUUCACAUUCGACGGCCGAGACCGAGGCCGAGACGAAAGACUCCGCCGAAACUUCACAUUCGACGGCCGAGACCGAAGCCGAGAUGAAAGACUCCGCCGAAACUUCACAGCUGACGGCCGAUACCGAAGCCGAGAUGAAAGACACCGUUGAAACUUCACAGCCGACGGUCGAGACCGAAGCCGGGAUGAAAGACUCCGCCGAAACUUCACAGCCGACGGCUGAGACCGAAGCCGAGAUGACAGACCCCGCCGAAACUUCACAGCCGACGGCCGAGACCGAAGCCGAGAUGAAAGACUCUGCCGAAACUUCACAGCCGACGGCCGAGACCGAAGCCGAGAUGAAAGACUCUGCCGAAACUUCACAGCCGACGGCCGAGACCGAAGCCGAGAUGAAAGACUCUGCCGAAACUUCACAGCCGACGGCCGAGACCGAAGCCGAGAUGAAAGACUCUGCCGAAACUUCACAGCCGACGGCCGAGACCGAAGCCGAGAUGAAAGACUCCGCCAAAACUUCACAGACGACCGCUGAUACGGAAGCCGAGAUGAAAGAUCCCGCAGAAACUUCAAUUCCAGCAGCCGUUGCCGGCCCUUCACGUACCAAGCAAGUCGUGGAGUCAUCGUCAUCGGAGGCAGAAACGACAGAACAACGCUCUAGUGGCGAGGGCAGGAUGGUCGAAUCUCCGUCGCAGCCAUCCACGUCGCGGGGUCUGGGGGCACGUCCGUUCGAUCUGCCGUUGAGGCCACGUCGCCCCAAGCACCCCUUGACGUCGGACGAAGAGGGCCGAAGUACAAGCUCCACCACUUCCGUUUCUCCGGCAGCCAAGCAGCUCAGGCCCUCGACGUCCUCGGACACCGAAGAGGGGCCGACGCCGGCGGAGAGAGCCUGGGCGGAGGCGCACGCACUGGAGCGUCCGAGCGGGGACGCCGAAUUUUCGUACUCCGAUUUGUCGUGGUCCAGCGGCUCGGCGAGGACGCGAGCUCUUUCGCCUCCGUCGCUCGCCCCCAGUAGCACGCCAGAUUUCAGCUCGGGUGUCUACAGCGGUCUGUCCACACCUUCGAACGUGCCUGACGAGGAAGAGGGGAGCGAGGAAGCUCCAGCAAGCCGGCCGGAUACGCCGAGCGAAGGCCAAGGCAUGGGAGCACGGGAAGGCGCGGUAGCAGGCUCCGCGUCCAGCAGCAGCAGCGAAGGCAGCGCUCGGCAACCCAGGGACCCGAGGCUCCAAGAAUCCAGACACCCAAACUCGCCGGCGUCGUUGGCCGAAGGAAGCAGCGCGCCCCAGUCGUCCUCAUGUGAGUCCCUCAGUGAACCGCUAGCGAGGAGGCCCGUCUUGCUGUGUCCCGACAGCAGCACCACGACCACCAGCGUGUCCUCGCUUUCGGACAGUGAAGCGGAAGGAGGGGCUGCAGUCUUAUCCAGGUCCGCCUCCUUCCGAGACCCUAGUACGUCGCAGCCCCCCUCUGAAGAAGGCCUACCCCGAUCUGCGACGUUCGCGGGUCCCCUGACGUCGCCGACGAGCCCUAGCGGAAGGAAAUUGCCCGUUUGUUGGACCUUGCCGCCGGCAGAGAUUUUGGACCGAACAGCCGCCGGCGACGAGACCCAGCAGCAGCAGGAGGAGGACAUGUCGACUUCUACGUCCAGCUCGUCUCUUUCACUUAGUCGCCAGCAGGAAAGCAAGCGGCGCCUCAGAACUUCAUCGUCUGCAGGCCCACGCUCGCCGGGUGACCGGGUUCUUGAGAAAGGAAAAUCUUCCCCGACGGCGGGGCCAUCCGGGGAGGCAGGAACUUCCAGCCACGGAGCCCUUGCCGGGACAUCUUCUCAGGAAGAAGCAAGUAGCCAACAGGAGGAGACCACCGCUUCUGCCAGUAGCGGACAAGCGUUCGGUUCGUCCACCACGGGAAGUGGUUCGGAGGAUUCUGAGGCGCAGCUCGGCGGCCACAAGCAACAAGCUUCCGCGCUCAGCCGCGAACUGGUGACGCCCUUCAGGGACCCACGAGUCCAGCGCACUAUGACUGCUGAAGAGUGGGACGCCGCGAGGCGUUCCAAUGACAGGGUUAGUGGCGAGACCUCGGAAGUUCUCCAGCCGGGACACUCCUCCGAGCAGCCUGGACGCCCUGGCGACGACAGCAGUUCCUGAGCAUUGCUCUCUAAGUGUCGCUGCCCAUAACGCGACAUUUAGCACUCGUUGAUCAGACUGUCUGGCUGGCGUUUUAGAAGCAAUAAAGACAAGCGUGCCUCGGUAUGCUCGCCACAAAUUUCACAGCGUAUGCCUAACGCUUCUUUCUGGACACUAGCGCUACAGUGUAGAAAUAGCUGUGCAAUAGUGGGCACAGGGUAGCAAUCAGCUUCGUACUACGGCACGACUGCGACGACUAUGGCGCGACAACUGCUCACAAGACAAGCACCCAUGCAUAAUCGAAUCUUGAAUGCGGAGAAACAGUCGUCCGAAAUUUUCUCGCGGCUUCUGCGUCUUAUAAAAACACGUAUGCCUAAUACAAUUCUGAGCGCACUUACAAAACUGAGUAUUGAAAAAAACAGACUAAGCCAGAACUUUGCAUUGCUAACUUUCAGUACGCGAUAGCGCACUUCGAAUGUGAUGC